GUGUAGCACAAAACCUUCAAGAUGGCGGCGCCCAUGAAUACGAAAAGUAAACUCGUACAAGAUUGAAUACUACGAUCUAGAAGUGAAUACUGAGGAUGUGUUAGAAAAGUUGUGAGCAGUGUGAAACUUAAAAAGCUUACAACAUGACUGAGGCACAAGGGCGACAGCCAUGGAAAUAAGGAUGUAACACAACAUAUAGCUGGCCAAAACUUACAGCUGUAAGGACACAGACUAUAUUUGAAUCCCACUACUAAAUCUCUCACCAUGUCGAUGAUAGACACUUGGGUAAAUGAUAAACUGCACGAUAUCCUUGGGAUAUCAGACAAGUACAUUGGCCAGUAUCUGAUUGGGCUGGCCAGUAAGGCUGCCAGCUCUGAUGAUUACAUUGAAAAGCUGAAGGAGACAAAGACAGUGGAUAUUGAUGCAAACAUGGAGAACUUUGCCAAGGAACUUUGGUCCAAGGUCCCUAGAAGACAGCAAGGAGAAAAGCUAGCCAGGAUCCAGGAAAGGGAAGCCAUUGCUCUACAAGAAAGGAAUAGAAGCUACAAGCUGGUGUCAGAGGAUGAGGAAGAAGAGGAAUUUGUUAUUCCAGCCAAAAAAUCUAAGAAAGAUAAGAAAAAGAAAAGAAACAUUAGAAGAAAGACAGAGUCGGAUGAAAGUGACAGUGAUGGAGAGAGAGAAAAAAGACAGCAGAAAGUUGAAGCUGAGUCAUCAGAAGAUGAGUUUGACAGAGAGGAGAAAGAAAGACUGCUUGACCAGAAAGAAAAGGAUGAGUUUUCUAACCGUCUGAGGACAAAAGAUAAAGAAAAAACAAGGAAUGUAAUGUCAAAGUCAGAAAAAAAGGCCUAUGAAGAAGCCAAAAAGAGGCUGCAGCUCGAGUCUGAAGACAAGAAAAAAAUAGUUCCUGAGCUAAGAAAACAAUCACGAAGAGAAUAUUUGAAGAAGCGCCAAGCUGCGAAAUUGGAGGAUUUGGAAGCAGAUCUCAUGGAUGAAGACUAUCUGUUCAGUGAUCUCAACCUAACAAAACGGGAGAAGGCUGAGCAGGAGUACAAAAAGAAUGUCCUAAAGUUGGCCAAGGAACAUAGGAGGGCCGGGGAUGUGGAGAAAGUGAACAGAUACUACAUGCCUACAGGGGAUGAGAAACCUGAAAACCGAUUUGUAGAAGAUGAGAAUGAGAAAGGGUUGAAUUAUGAACAGAAGAGGUGGGAGGAAGAGCAGCUCCACGCUGCCACUCUCAAGUUUGGAGCCAAGGAUGCCAAGGCUAAGAAAAAGGAAAAAGAAUAUGAUUUUGUAAUGGAUGAAGAGAUAGAGUUUAUCCAGGCUAUUCCAAUGGCUGGCACUAGAGAUAAGGAAGAUGAACCAGAGCUGUCAGAGCGACAAAAGAAGAAGAUGACAAUAGAAGAAACGCGUAAAAGUCUUCCAAUCUGGCCGUUCAGGGAGGACCUUCUGAAAGCUGUGGAGACAUAUCAGGUGCUGAUUAUAGAGGGCGAGACUGGAAGUGGAAAGACCACCCAGAUUCCACAGUAUUUACAUGAGGCUGGUUACUGUAAGGAUGGUAUGAAGCUGGGCUGCACUCAGCCUAGGAGAGUGGCUGCCAUGUCAGUGGCUGCCAGAGUGGCAGAGGAAAUGGGAUUUAAACUGGGGAAUGAGGUUGGUUACAGCAUCAGGUUUGAGGACUGUACUUCAGAGAGGACUGUCUUGAAGUACAUGACAGACGGAAUGUUGCUGAGAGAGUUUCUGGGAGAACCUGACCUAGCCAGCUACAGUGUUCUGAUCAUAGAUGAAGCUCACGAGAGGACUCUCCACACAGAUGUGUUGUUUGGUCUGGUCAAGGACAUCGCCAGGUUCAGACCAGACCUCAAACUGCUCAUCUCCAGUGCUACACUUGACGCAGAGAAGUUUUCUAUGUUUUUUGAUGAUGCUCCAGUAUUCAGAAUCCCAGGGAGAAGAUAUCCCGUGGACAUAUAUUACACAAAGGCCCCCGAGGCUGACUAUAUAGAUGCUGCAGUGGUCUCAGUACUACAGAUCCACUGCACUCAGCCAGUGCCAGGAGAUAUUCUGGUGUUUCUGACAGGACAGGAGGAGAUUGAGACUGCUAAUGAGAUGCUUAUGGAGAGAACUAAGAAGCUGGGGUCCAAGCUAAAAGAGCUGAUCAUCCUGCCUAUCUACUCCACACUGCCCUCAGAUAUGCAGUCCAAAAUAUUUGAACCAACACCACCUGGUGCCAGAAAAGUUGUACUGGCAACAAACAUUGCAGAGACAUCUCUUACAAUAGACGGCAUUACCUUUGUGAUAGAUGUGGGUUUCUGUAAGCAGAAGAGUUACAAUGCAAGGACGGGCAUGGAGUCACUGGUGGUGACACCUAUAUCUAAGGCAGCAGCCAAUCAGAGAGCAGGAAGAGCUGGGCGUGUAUCUGCUGGGAAAUGUUUCCGCCUGUACACAGCUUGGGCAUACAAGAAUGAACUGGAAGACAACACUAUUCCUGAGAUCCAAAGAACCAAUUUAGGAAAUGUGGUUCUACUCCUCAAGAGUUUGGGGAUCAACGAUCUGAUCCACUUCGACUUCAUGGACCCCCCUCCACACGAGACCCUUGUUCUGGCCUUGGAGCAGCUGUAUGCUCUGGGAGCACUGAACCACCGAGGAGAGCUGACCAAGCUGGGGAGGAGAAUGGCUGAGUUCCCUGUGGACCCCAUGCUGUCUAAAAUGAUUUUGGCCUCUGAAAAGUACAAAUGCUCUGAGGAAAUCCUCACCAUCACAGCCAUGCUGUCGGUGAACAACGCCAUCUUCUACCGUCCCAAGGAUAAGAUUGUUCAUGCGGACACGGCCAGACAGAACUUCUUUGUGCCUGGGGGAGACCAUCUGACGUUGAUGAAUGUCUAUACACAGUGGAUGGAGACGGAUUAUUCCACCCAGUGGUGUUAUGAGAACUUCAUCCAGCACAGAUCCAUGAAGCGUGCCAGGGACGUGAGAGAGCAGCUGGAGGGAUUGAUGGAGAGAGUGGAGAUAGAGCUUCAGUCCAAUAAGGAAGACACUGUUGCCAUCAGGAAGGCCAUCACGGCUGGGUUUUUCUACCACACAGCUCGUCUUAGUAAAAGUGGCCAGUAUAAAACUGUCAAGCACCAGCAGACAGUGAUGGUCCACCCCAACAGCAGUCUGUUUGAGGAACAUCCAAGGUGGCUGAUCUACCAUGAGCUGGUACUCACCACCAAAGAAUUUAUGAGACAGGUGAUAGAAAUUGAGAACCAGUGGUUGUUGGAAGUGGCCCCUCACUACUACAAGGCUAAGGACCUGGAUGACGGAUCACAUAAAAAGAUGCCUAAACAGACUGGCAAGUCCAAGGCUGAGAUGACACGGACUUAUUGAGAUAAUAUCAGGGGCAGUCACCACGUAAUCCAGAGUUAGGAAAACAAAUUGUAUACUGAUAGGUAUCAGAGAUGAAACUGAUGAAACUAAGCACUUUUAUUACAGUGCUGAAACAUACAAAAAGAAAGUUUAAGUUCUUAGAAUACCAAAAGAAAAACAAGACAAGAGAUUCAGUUGGACCCGAAAGGCUUCUGUAUGUUCGAAAGCUGGCCAAGUAACUGAACGGGUAUGAGAGACAUAUUCAGGAAUGAAUUGAUUAUAGCAGGACAUGAAAAAACAUAAAUAUUAAAAAAAAUAAUGAGAAAUACAGGUGUGAUAUUGUUUGCAUGUAGCAAACAUCCAAACUAAGGCCUGGAAUGAUUAGGAAACAUUAAUGAACACACUUCCUAGCAGUUGGCUGUAGACAGUUGAUUUAUUAUCUAAGACAUACAUGUAUAUUGUUUAUAUAAGUACAGAGUGCAUCUUGUACAUAUAAUAUUACUGUACCAUGUACAUAUACUAGCACAUAAGAAUCUAAAAUACAUGGAAAAUGUCCAUAUAUAAUGUAUCUUUGAAAUUAAAUGAUUUUCAAAUUU